AGCGCCCUGUUCCCCAUGCCUAAGUGCAAAGGCUUGACGCUGGAAGAAGCCAGCAUCGACCAGAUCCAAGGGUAUCUAAGCAGCGGCAUGCUGACGUCAGUCGAGCUGCUGAAAUGCUACCACGAUAGGAUAUUGCAGGUAGACGAGUACAUCAACUCCAUCAUGGAGCUGAACCCAGACGCCGGGGCCAUCGCAGCUGCGCUCGACGCAGAGCGUGCAAAGGGCCGUGUACGCGGUCCUCUCCACGGCAUACCGUUCCUCGUCAAAGACAACAUUGCCACCAAAGACCGCAUGCAAACGACGGCGGGCAGCUGGAUGCUGUUGGGAAGCGUGGUGCCCCGUGAUGCGCAUGUUGUGGCCAAGUUACGCGAAGCCGGUGCGCUUCUCAUGGGCAAAGCCACACUCUCUGAAUGGGCCGAUAUGCGUUCGAAUAACUAUUCUGAGGGCUACUCUGCAAGAGGCGGACAGGCCAGGAGUCCGUACAAUUUGACUGUCAAUCCUGGUGGAAGCAGCACGGGCAGCGCAACAGCCGUGGCAGCGAAUAUCGUGCCGUUUUCCCUAGGCAAGUGCAUAGGCACCGAGACCGACGGCAGUGUCAUCAAUCCCGCCGAACGCAACGCUCUGGUAGGCAUAAAACCCACAGUGGGCCUCACAUCGCGAGCAGGCGUCAUCCCAGAGAGCAUCCACCAAGACACAGUCGGCACGUUUGGACGAACCGUCCGCGACGCUGCCUACGCCUUCAAUGCCAUCUACGGCGUCGACGCACGCGACAACUACACGCUCGCCCAGCAAGGCCACACACCCACCGGCGGCUACAUGCGCUUUCUCACCGACCAAUCCUCGCUGAAAAACACUACUUUCGGCCUCCCCUGGCACAGCUUCUGGGUGCACGCCGACGCCGCCCAGCAAGCCCACCUGCUCUCUCUCAUCUCCUUUCUGGAAACCGCCGGCGCCACCAUCCUCAACAACACCGAACUGCCCAACUACAAAACCAUUGUCUCGCCCUCGGGCUGGGACUGGGACUACGGCACCACCCGCGGCCACCCCAACGAAUCCGAAUACACAGUCGUCAAAACAGACUUCUACAACAACAUCCAGACGUACCUGUCUGGCCUCGAGAACACCAGUAUCCGCUCCCUGGAAGACAUGGUCGCGUACAACUACGCCAACGACGGCACCGAAGCAGGAUAUUCCUGGCCGCGCGGCCAUCCGGCUUUUUACUCUGGCCAAGACGGGUUUCUGGCUUCGCUACGCACAAAGGGCGUUAUGGAUGCGACGUAUCAUGCUGCGCUGGCGUUUACACGGCACAGUGCGCGCGAAGCGGGGAUUGAUGCUGCGCUGGCGAAUGAAGGGGGUCCGAGGCUGGAUGCGCUGCUUGUGCCGCCCGAUGUAGGACAGUCGUACCAGAUUGCUGCGCAGGCUGGGUAUCCCGUGGUUACGCUGCCGGCGGGCGUGCAUGCGAGUACCGGGAUGCCGUUUGGGCUUGCGCUCAUGGGGACGGCGUGGAGUGAGGCGGUGCUGCUGAGGUGCGCGAGCGCUAUUGAAGAUGUCGUCGUACGCAGUGGGCAUGGGAGCACUGGCAAGAUGGGACGCUCGCUGCCGAAAUGGCAUGGCUACCUCGAAAGGAAUGUACCAGUCAGAAAUAUAUGAGUAAG